AAAUAUAAUAUAAAAACAAAAUAUUUCUCUGGAAAACAAAUGGGACAUGAAGAUUAUCAAUCAAUUUUCUCGAAAUCUUUUAAACUACAGAAUUUCAAAUUUUCUACAAGGAAAAUUUAUAUUGUGGAAAACAAAAAUUUUAAUAGAAAAAUAUCAAGGAAAAGAAAUAAAGCAUCUAUCUACAGUUCUGUUUAAGUGCGAUGAAAAAACAGAAGAUAAAGGCACGUUAUUUCCUGAAAAAGAAGUAAAUGAAUCAAUUCACAACGAUUAUAAAUCAAAAACUAUUGAACCUAUUUCAUCAUUAAAAAAAACAUCUGAACAAUCACCAACUUUCUUUAUGCCUCUUGAUUCUUUAAAAAAUAAUAAUAAUAAUGAUGAUGAUUUACAAAAUAAACAUCAGAAAUUGCCUAUCUGUAAUCGAGCAGCAUCUCGGGAAGUAAAAAAUCAGGAUAUUGCUUCUUCAUGGAGAUCUUUAGAUAUUCUUCUGAAACAAAACAAUGUACGACGUGAUGAAAGAAUGGGCAGGUUUUAUGAGAAACCUACGAAAAAAAGAAACCGUUUGCGCAGUGAACGCCAUAGAAAACGUUUCAAAGCUAGUAUACGUCGUUUGGUUUCAAUUGUCAAAGAAAUGAAACAUAAAGGGAUAUAAACUUCAAAAACACUUAAUUAUAUUCCUAAAUAAGGCAAUAAUAUA